GCCUAUUCCCGCAUUGCGAUGGGUCCGCCUACGUAGAGAUGGGCGCCACCAAAGUCAUCGCAACGGUUUACGGACCACACGAGCCCAAGAGAAAAACUAAGGCCCUGCACGACAGGGCUACCAUUAACUGCGAGUUCAACAUGGCCACAUUCAGUCAGUCGAAUAGGAG